CGGAGCGGUGUUCCAGCGCCGCCGGAGGAGACGGCUUAAAGGCGGGCAGACGGACGGCGAGGAGGGCCAGCAUGCCCCUGCUGCUGCACCCCGCCUGGCCUCUGCUCCUGGGCGCCACGCUGAUCUUCCGAGCACUCCGCCGUGUGCUCUGUCGCCUGCCCCUGCCUGCCCACGUGUACACCGACCCCCUGCGCACCUGGCGUUGGCACAACCUACUCGUCUCCUUCACCCACUCCAUCGUAUCAGGGAUCUGGGCACUGCUGUGCAUAUGGCAAACCCCUGAAAUGCUGGUGGAGAUCGAGACGGCGUGGUCACUUUCUGGCUAUUUGCUUGUCUGCUUCUCUGCAGGAUACUUUAUCCACGACACGGUGGACAUCGUUGUUAGUGGACAGACUCGAGCUUCUUGGGAAUAUCUUGUACACCAUGUCAUGGCUAUGGGCGCCUUCUUCUCUGGCAUCUUCUGGAAAAGCUUUGUCGGUGGUGGCGUCUUAACCCUGCUGGUGGAGGUCAGCAACAUCUUCCUCACUUUGAGGAUGAUGAUGAAGAUAAACAACGCCCAGGACCUCCUCCUCUACAAGGUCAACAAGUACAUCAACUUGGUCAUGUACUUUCUCUUCCGCCUGGCCCCUCAAGCCUACCUCACCAAGGUCUUCCUGCAGUAUGCUGGCCAGAGGACCCUGGGAACAUUUCUGUUGGCCAUCCUGCUCAUGCUGGACUUGAUGAUCCUCAUCUACUUUUCUCGCCUCCUCCGCUCUGAUUUCUGCCCUGAACGUGCUCCCAAACGCCAACAGAAAGACAAAUUCUUGACUGAAUGACAAAGUAGAACCCAGUGUGUGGCAGUGACAGCAAGCACAGCCAACAACUUUGUAACAAACUAGGACUCUGCCACAAAGCCUGGGCGUAUUCUGAGGCCAGCCUUUCCACCUUUAGCCAACACCCACACUAUUGAAAACACUAAUGAAAACUCAUCUGAAGUCCUCUCGGGCAAGGGAUGAGGGAGCAAACCGACCGGUUGGGCAUGGUAGACGGGUGAGGACAAGACACUGUGCAAGAGCCAGCCAACCCACACCACCCUGAAACGGAUGCUGCCGGCUCUAAAAUAACCCCUCUGCUCUCCCAGACUCUGGUAUUGGUUUCACAACAGCCUCUUCCAGGGAUAAAGGAAGAACCUCUCGUAAAGCUUGUCCUCUGAAGUGAUGAUGGAGGCAUGUCCCAGGACAGCUAACCCUGUAAUAAAUACCUCUGUACUUGAGCUCUAGCGUGGGGCAGUAACAGUGGUGGCAUCAUCA